AUGAGUAAACAUGAGAGAGUUGAGGAUGAAAAUGAAGAAAAAAAUGUAGAAAAACGUAUACAUACGCAUUCUACUGAACCUUUCUACGAUAUAAAUGGUCAAGCAUAUUGGGAGCUAGGGGGACGUACACGACGACUUAGUAUAAGCCGAUGGAGAGGACAAGUAUUAAUAGAUUUAAGAGAAUAUUAUGAAGAAACAGCGACAGGGCAAAUGAAACCAGGAAAAAAAGGACUGUCAUUAACACAGAAACAAUUUGAAUAUUUAAUAAAAAUUUUACCAGAAGUAGAUGCAAUCUUAAAAAAUAUGAAUAAAGAUGUAUUGAAUGAUUCCAAUGAAAAAAAAAUAUAUAAAAAUAAUAAAUAA